UGAGAAAACAGAAGUCCUCAGUGAAGAUCUAUUACAGAUUGAGCGACGCCUGGACACGGUGCGGUCAGUAUGCCACCAUUCCCAUAAGCGCUUGGUGGCAUGUUUCCAGGGCCAGCAUGGCACCGAUGCCGAGAAGAGACACAAAAAACUGCCUCUGACAGCUCUCGCUCAGAAUAUGCAAGAAGCAUCAACUCAGCUGGAAGACUCUCUCCUGGGGAAGAUGCUGGAGACGUGUGGAGAUGCUGAGAAUCAGCUGGCUCUUGAGCUCUCCCAGCACGAAGUCUUUGUUGAGAAGGAGAUCGUGGACCCUCUGUACGGCAUAGCCGAGGUGGAGAUUCCCAACAUCCAGAAACAGAGGAAACAGCUUGCAAAAUUGGUGUUAGACUGGGAUUCCGUCAGAGCCAGGUGGAACCAAGCUCACAAAUCCUCAGGAACCAACUUUCAGGGGCUUCCAUCAAAAAUAGAUACUCUAAAGGAAGAGAUGGAUGAAGCUGGAAAUAAAGUAGAACAGUGCAAGGAUCAACUUGCAGCAGACAUGUACAACUUUAUGGCCAAAGAAGGGGAGUACGGCAAAUUCUUUGUUACGUUAUUAGAAGCCCAAGCAGAUUACCAUAGAAAAGCAUUAGCAGUCUUAGAAAAGACCCUCCCCGAAAUGCGAGCCCAUCAAGAUAAGUGGGCGGAAAAACCAGCCUUUGGGACUCCCCUGGAAGAACACCUGAAGAGGAGCGGGCGCGAGAUUGCGCUGCCCAUUGAAGCCUGUGUCAUGCUGCUCCUGGAGACAGGCAUGAAGGAGGAGGGCCUUUUCCGAAUCGGGGCUGGGGCCUCCAAGUUAAAGAAGCUGAAAGCUGCUUUGGACUGUUCUACUUCUCACCUGGAUGAGUUCUAUUCAGACCCCCAUGCUGUAGCAGGUGCUUUAAAAUCCUAUUUACGGGAAUUGCCUGAACCUUUGAUGACUUUUAAUCUGUAUGAAGAAUGGACACAAGUUGCAAGGGAGGAGACUAUUCCAGCAGCUAUUUCAGAGGAGAAACCCUCCCCUUCUCUUUUGACCCCUAGAUAUUUGAUCAAGUUCCUUGCAAAGCUUGCUCAGACCAGCGAUGUGAAUAAAAUGACUCCCAGCAACAUUGCGAUUGUGUUAGGCCCUAACUUGUUAUGGGCCAAAAAUGAAGGAAUGAGGUCCCCGUUCCAAUGAGGGGUGUCCUAGAGCUCCCUCGCCUGCUGUGCUCCGUGUCUCAUGCACUUGUUUAUUUUUCCUCUUGCAGAGGUGGAAUUUAAUGUAUCGGAAGCAUUUGUACCUCUCACCACCCCGAAUUCUAAUCACUCUUCCCACACUGGAAACGACUCUGACUCGGGGACCCUGGAGAGGAAGCGGCCUGCUAGCAUGGCGGUGAUGGAAGGAGACUUGAUGAAGAAGGAAAGCUUUGGUGUGAAGCUUAUGGACUUCCAGGCCCACCGGCGGGGUGGCACUCUAAAUAGAAAGCACAUAUCCCCUGCUUUCCAGCCGCCACUCCCACCUACAGAUGGCAGCACCGUGGCGCCCGCUGGCCCAGAGCCCCCUCCCCAGAGCUCUAGGGCUGAAAGCAGCUCUGGGGGUGGGACUGUCCCCUCCUCUGCAGGCAUACUGGAGCAGGGGCCGAGCCCAGGUGACGGCAGUCCUCCCAAACCCAAGGAUCCUGCAUCUGCAGCUGCGCCAGCACCAGGGAGAAACAACAGUCAGAUAGCCUCUGGCCAAAACCAGGCCCAGGCAGCUGCCGGCUCCCACCAGCUCUCCCUUGGCCCACCUCACAGUGCUGCGGGGCCCAGCCCGCAUACUCUGCGCCGAGCCGUUAAGAAACCUGCUCCAGCACCCCCGAAACCAGGCAACCCACCUCCUGGCCACCCCGGGGGCCAGAGUUCUUCAGGAACAUCUCAGCAUCCACCCAGUCUGUCACCAAAGCCACCCACCCGAAGCCCCUCUCCUCCCACUCAGCACACGGGCCAGCCUCCAGGCCAGCCCUCCGCCCCCUCCCAGCUUUCAGCACCCCGGAGGUACUCCAGCAGCCUGUCUCCAAUCCAAGCUCCCAAUCACCCGCCACCACAGCCCCCUACGCAGGCCACGCCGCUGAUGCACACCAAGCCCAAUAGCCAGGGCCCUCCCAACCCCAUGGCAUUGCCCAGUGAGCAUGGACUUGAGCAGCCAUCUCACACCCCUCCCCAAACUCCAACGCCCCCCAGUACUCCGCCCCUAGGAAAACAGAACCCCAGCCUGCCAGCUCCUCAGACCCUGACGGGGGGUAACCUUGAGACUGCACAGCCACAUGCUGGAACCUUACCGAGACCGAGACCAGUACCAAAGCCAAGGAACCGGCCCAGCGUGCCCCCACCCCCCCAUCCUCCUGGUGUCCACUCAGCUGGGGACAGCAGCCUCACCAACGCAGCACCGACAGCUUCCAAGAUAGUAACGGACUCCAAUUCCAGGGUUUCAGAACCACAUCGCAGCAUCUUUCCUGAAAUGCACUCAGACUCAGCCAGCAAAGACGUGCCUGGCCGCAUCCUGCUGGAUAUAGACAAUGAUACCGAGAGCACGGCCCUGUGAAGAAAGCCCUCCCCAGCCCUCCGCCGCUUCCACCCUGGCACGUGGAGCAGGGGCAGGCAAACCUCUUCCUCUGCAGACAGAACAGUGAAAAGCUUUCAGUGGAGGACAAAGGAGGGCCUCACUGUGCGGGACCUGGCCUUCUGCACGGCCCUAGGAGCACCUGGAGGCCGCCACGGAAGCUGAAUGACCUGUGUCUUGAAGAAGUUGGCUUUCUUCACAUGGGAAGGAAAUAAUGCCAAAAAAAAUCCAAAACAAAGAAAUACCUGGAGUGGAGAGAGUGUUCCUGCUGAAACGUGCAUAGGAAGCUUUUGCCCCUGCUGUUAACGCGGGCAGCACCUACAGCAACUUGGAAUGAGUAAGAAGCAGUGCGUUAACUAUCUAUUUCAUACAAUGCGCUCUGUAUGCGAGUGGCCUGCUCUCUGCUACCUGGACUUUCAUUCUUCUGUAUUAGGAGGGCGGCUGCUGUCCUUCAGACUUGCUGCAGAGUCAUUUUGUGUCAUAUAUCGUCUCUGUCUCCCCAGUCCCCUCAGAACCAUGCCCUUGGAUGGUGACUGCUGGCUCUGUCACCUCGUCAAACUGGAUGUGACCCGUGCCGCCUCGUUGGAUUGCCGGAAUGUAGACGGAAAUGUACUGUUCUUUUUUUUUUUUUUUUUUUAAACAAUGUAAUUGCUACUUGAUAAGGACCGAACAUUAUUCUAGUUUCAUGUUUAAUUUGAAUUAAAUAUAUUCUGUGGUUUAUAUGAAAACUUCA